CGUGUCUAGGCAGAACACGUAGGCUUUCUUCUGAUGCACGUUUAAAACUUGCAAAGCACCAUAGAAUCUACGGAAUAACAGCCGGAUGCAAUAAAGAUUGUUGAAAGACAGCGGACACACGGUAAAGAUGAGCGGAAAGAUCUUCGCUGGGACGGCAUUUUUAACUGUGAUGCUUUUACUAACGUGGGCUUUGAGAUCUUCUAGUGCCCCAGUGAAACAAACACGGCAAACGGUAAGAAAUGAUAAGAGCAUGUAUUUAUUAAACACUCUGUUAGAAAACAAGAUAGUUCAAGAACUUCUUUCGAUUGCCUUUAAUUAAUCAAAAGUAGCGAGUUAAGCUGCCUGGUGAGCGCAUGUCCUUGUUGGAAUCGAACAAGAUGUCUUUCAUUACAGGCACCUUGGCAAGUCUUCAUCGCCUUUAACCGAAAUAACUUCCUACUCCCCCGGAGCGGGGGGCGGGGGGGAGGGAGAGAGACAAGCAAGGAAACUUUGGGUAGAGGUUGGCCGCCGAAGCCUUCAAACCCUGAUGCUGUUGAAGACAAAAUCGCUGUUUUCGCAAACUCUGUUUAAGAACUUAAUUAGUUUAUGACCCUGAUUCGUUUCGUUUUGUAUAUUUAUUUGUUUUAAUUUUUUUGCCACACAAAAUAAAUUACGUAUAGCAAGUAGAAUUAAAAGCAUAACUAAACAGAUAAAUAACAUUAAAUUAAAAUUAUACAGCUGGGAAGGAGUGACUGUGGCCGGGAAAUCUCCGAGAAGCCAUCGAGCUUAUGAGGACUAGCGAUUUCCCUCCAUGGGCAAUUUAAAUACUGGCUUUUCAAAAAUAUAAGAAAACAAGACGUGUAUUUUAGGAAUAUAAGUAUGUAUACUGAAAAAAUAUUGAUAUGUAGGUAAUCAGAUAUUUAAAAGCUGCAUCCUGUCUGACCCCUAACAGUCAGUCGCUUAAAUACAUUAAGGUCGGGGGAUGUUGUUCGGUAAAGAAUUACCUAUUCUAGAACCUUGAAAGAGGAUGGAAAAUUUCUUAAUAUUUGCUCUACAAGUAUGAGGUCGGUAAAAGUCAGAGUAUCUGGUUGAAUAUCAUUGAUAAAUUUGAUUUCCAUCAGACAGAGGUCUUUGAACGUGUUGCGGCCAUGAUUAUGCAAACUGUAUGUUAUACAGAAUUUUGAAAUUUCGAAUGAAGUUCAUGGAAUAAAAUUUUUGGUAUCACAAAUGUAGACCACUUAUCGCCAGCCUUCACACUCUUUUAAAGGCUUUUGGUCCAAAAAGAUACACUGUUCAAGAUGCAGAAUAGUAAAAUUGUACCCUGUUUAAGACUAGAAAGCCACACUCUGCUCAGCGGCACACAACCGUUUCAUUUUAGGCCAAAUGAGGGCGUGUCCCACGGGCUUCCCGAUUUUAGAGUAAAGUUCACUUACAAGUGUAAGGUACAUCCGAAUGUAAAAAUAGACCUAUUUUAUCUUAAGUAGAGGCCAGGGUGUUUAGUUGAAUGCAGAGGUAAUUUCACGAUUAUUUGACCACCUAGAGGAAGAGAUGAUGUCCCCUGGGGGUGAUCAUUUGUUGCUUAUACCAUAUGAAUAUGGGGUGUCUCAAUGGUCUUAAAGUGGAGUUUGGAAUCAAAGCCUGUGCUUGACAAGACCGCGGGUCCUAGUCAAUUUUAUAAUAGCCUCUCACGCUGGCGUUUUUAGGGGAAUCGUGGAGGAAAUACGACUCCCUUAAAAACGCCGCGUGAGAGGCUGGUGAUGGCCAAUCAUAUCAUACAAAGGCCGUUUUUUUGUGAGCAGUGUCGCGUAGUCAUACAAGCUAAAGGAGAAAAAUAUUUAAAGCUUGAAACAAUUCUUGAGGUCCUCUAAUAAUGAAACCUUGGUGUAUGUAAACUUCGUUCAAAUUAAACAACUGGCCAAAAUGGUCAAGUAUUUAUUGGGAGUUAGAGGAGGCGCCCUUCGCCAUUGAAAGGCAUGAUGGUAGGGCUAUUUUCAAUAUACAUUUGCCUUAAAUUCCAAAGUUAACUGUGUCUUAUUCCACAAAUAGAGUCGAGUGGUAUUAAAAGUGGACGUAAAGGAAGUAACAGACUAUACCUUAUUAUAGGAGAUUAAUAAAUUAUCAUGAAAUUAAAACUCACGUUAGUUUACUUUUACGCUAUUAAUAAUUAAUUUCCGCGCCAUUAGUAAAAUGGAGCGUCAAUUUCCAUGACCAAAAGGUGGUGGAGCAUGAGCUACAUUAAUUUUGAAGGUCUGAAGAUCCUGAAGAUGUGUUUUCCAUCAGACACUGUUCAGAAGGAUUUUUAAAGAAUUCCCACACUUGCGAUUGAGCAAGGGUAGAGGGUAGACUUGCUAGUCUUUAUGAUAUCGACAUUUCUGCUUUAGUAUUCUAUAGACUCUCCCUCCCCUCAAGAAAAAUUGGGGAGAGUGAUUUUUUGUAGGGGAGAGGAUGUCUUGCACACAGGCCUUUUUAUAUCCUUACGACAACUCUGUUAGUUAACUGUAAAAUGCGCAGCCCAAGCCUUGCAAGCAGUGUUAACCUAUAAAAGCCAACAAUUGUUUUUUUUGUUUUGUUUUGUUUUUUCAUUGUAGGCGGAAUUUUUAUUGAAAUUUGGCUAUAUUCAAAUGAAUGAUACAGACAACAAUAGAGAGGUACCAGAUGUGAACUCGCCCCAAUUUAAGGCUUCCUUAAGAAUCCUUCAGAGGUUUGGAAAUAUUCCCGUGACAGGAAGAAUGGACGCAGCAACUAUCGCUCUUAUCAACACUGACCGAUGCGGCGUCAAAGAUCCACAGAGUAAUGCUGCUGGAAGGUUUAAUUUACAGGGAACUAAAUGGAAGAAGAGGGUAAGUUAUGAAGGAUAUUCCUUAGCACUGCAUUGUGCAUCCUUACUGUGCCGCCCAUACCAUAAACUCAAAUAAGCCCCCCAGGUGUAGGCCUAUCUUCCUCUAAACGAAUUAACAAAAUAAGUCUAAUUAUAAGCCCCCCCCCCCCCCCCCUCGAAUGUAAGCCCCUCUCUGGCUUGUGGUGAAAUGAAUUUGAUUUAUGACGUUUUGAACCUUAAUUAAAAGCCAGUAAAUGCAAAAUGUAUUUGUAUCUGAACUGCCAUAACUUGUUUCAUUCCUCCUGUACGGAAGGAGGGAGACUACUCAGAUCAGUUAGUGUCACAUGUUUUAGAUUGGGCGAGAACAAAUGGAAUGUCUUGCAAUCCAAGCAAAUCUAAAAAAGUUGACAGUUAACAAGAGAGGCAACCCUCGAUCUCUAUUCACCUUUUGGGAGGACCCAGCUAGCUACCUAGCUGUAAAGAAGUAGAGAUUUUGGGGGUCACCUUGUAAUGCGACAGCAAAUUUUCAGUGCACGUGAAGAACAAACUUAUUACAGCUGUAAAGGUAUCAAAUCCCUAUACAUCCUUAGAACGCUGCGAAACGAGGGGUACAAUCAGUCAGAAAUAGACCUUCUCUUCAAUACUAUAGUUCUACCUAAUAGCGGAGCUCUCGCGCGCGAAGCGCUCCAGCGGAGCACCAUGGGUAAGAAAAUUUGGUAAACUAUCCAUCCGAUAAAAUUUGGUUAUGACGUAGCGUACGCCCGCCCGCCCGCCCACCCGUACACACACUUCAUGUAAGCCGAUGUCAAGUGUCACACUUGUCAGGACCGUGAAAUAAAUAACAACGGAGACUAAUGCCGCUGGAAGAAAAACAUGAAAAUUAUAUAGCGGCGGUUAGAAAAUGAAGAAUGCUAGCGGCUACUAAUGUGAAAAAGCAGCGGCAGUAAAAAAAUAGAAUGAACAGGAACACAAACAUUUCCUCCAUAAAACGCGUAAAUAGGAAGCUAAAAGAAGUUUCACGUUAGUCGUGUAAAACAACGGUAAGGAAAUGUACAAAAAAAAAACUGCUGCACGUGCAGAGUUGUUUUUUUGCUAAUUAGAAAAAAAGUGUGCUGCACGUGCAAAGUUGUUUUUUUGCUAAUUAGAUCUAUUGUUGUUGUUUUUAGCGUUUUCUUUGCUUUCAACUUGUCUUUCGUAUUCAUCGAUUUUAUAUUUUCUUUGAGGAAUCCAUAAAUAUUAAAGAGAGCUUCGCUUUUAGCCCUGGCUAAAUCUAUAUAUUAUUAAUUAUGUAUUAUCCGUCUACGUUGCGUCCGAUUCCGAUCUUACACUGUGCAAUGUUUCUUGGACCGCUGUUUUAAAAGAAAAUACUCGUCUAAGCCUGUAACUGUAUAUGAUUUCUUAGAGAGGCAAGAUAAAAAUUUUUUUUGAAAAGUUUCAAACUCUAUAGGACAUCCACUCUCAUCUAUAAUGACUCGCGUUAAACCGUCUAGCUACCAUCUUAGGAAAGAAACUUGUUAUAAACGUAACAUUAAUACAAUGCGUUUUAAAAGCUCGUAUAUUAAUACCUUUCUAUACUUUUUACUAUAUGUAAAAUUUCUUAAUUAAAUACACUUGUAACACUGAAAAGAUAUGCAUUUUUAACUUUUGAAGAAUAAAUAGUUAUUAUCAUUAUCAUUAUCAUUAUUUUUAUUUUUAUUUUUAUUAUUAUUUAUUAUUAUUAUUAUUAUAAUUAUUAUUAUUAUUAUUAUUAUCAUCACGGUGUUGGUAUCAGGCGGUUUUUUGUUUAAAAAAUACCUGUAUAUGAAGAGGGUUGUAGACUGGAAAGUUUGAUAGGAAGAGUUAGUGGAACUUUUAUUAAAUAGCCUAUCGCCUUGCUGUAAAUUGCUGUAUUUCACUUCUUCGUUGCAGCUUUUAACCUACCGCAUCCUCAACUUCACCAAAGACGGAAUACCAGACUCCGUUCAACGAAGAAUCUUCUAUAAUUCAUUCCGCUUGUGGCAAUCCGCUGCUGGGAUAGAUAUAAGAGAAUGCGAUCAAUGCCGCGAGGCAGACAUUCUUAUCAGUUUUGUUCAAAGACGACAUAUUGACCGCUAUCCGUUUGACGGCCAAGGUGGAACAUUAGCGCAUGCGUUCUACCCUCUAUCCAACAAAGGUAACAAUCAUUCUCGUCUCAUGAACCUGUCGUUUCUUUUGGUCACGGGGUCUUGAAACGACGGGCUCGGGAAGCAGCCGUUACCGGAUGUCAGAACAUUUCUGACAUCCGGUCGCGCAUGUGCAGAAGUUACAAAUGACACUUGCUUAUGUUCCAUUAGGCUGAUAUAGCAACAGGACGGGAACGUCAGUUGACGACGGGAAAGCGCGCGAAAAGGACUGAACACGACUUCCGGUGACCAAUUUGCAGCUCUCCUAUUGGUCAAGCCAGUUGUUUAAUUUGCGCGCGCCGUCGUCAUUUGACGUUCCCGUUCUGUUGCCAAAUCAGCCUAUUAUCGUCCCAAGAGCCGGUCGUUUCUUUGACAAAUUAAGCCGAGUGGCUCUGGGGACUAGAAUGAGGUAAGAAUCAGCUCAAGUUCGUUCCCAGCGUCAUUCCAUACUCAUCCACAUUGCGGGUGACAAUCGCUAAACUCUCAAGAACGUAAAUGAGGGACUACUUGUUAUCUUUCAACUACUAUAUGGAUAUUCCCCUUUUAUCAAUUAAUUAAUUAAUUAAUCUUCUCACUCAUUUUGUGUUUUCAUUACGAUUACAUUCGUAUGUGAGACAUUACUGACUAACUCGAGAACAAAAUAGACCAGUCUCCUCCGCCCGGCCGUUCAAUUCGGCUCUUACAGAUGAGCUUUAACUCGAACAAUAUUUUUGUUAACUAACUAACGCUGACCGGAAGUGACCAGCCAGACCAUUCCCGUCGUUAUGAGAAUUUCACUUCUUAUAAAAACUACUUAGUCAAUCAGUCUUAAAUAUAUGCACGAAGGAGGAACUCUUGGAAAAAUCCUGAGAUUUGAUUUUCAAAAUUACUGGUCAGGUCAUGGUUUAGCCGGCCAUUCAAUCUGACCUUUGGAAAGUGCCCUAAUCAUAUUAUUUCCAUUUUCGAUCAGGUCUCUCGGGCGAUGCACAUUUUGAUGAUGACGAGCGAUUCACUACUGGGACAAGCGACGGUGUCAAUUUGGACUGGGUGGCUGUUCAUGAGUUUGGACACAGCCUGGGUCUGGAGCAUUCCAGCGUAAGGGAAUCCAUCAUGUAUCCUUGGUACAAGGGAUACCAGGGCCCUAAUAUUGAACUGACCCAAGAUGACAUCCAGGGUAUUAGGGCAUUAUACGGUCCGAGUAAGCGUCUCUGUUUGUUUUUUUUUCAUGAAAGAUUUACGUCACCAAAAUAUUCUAGUAAAUGCUAUCUCGUUUCCUUGCUUUGUAUUUAAAGACUAAGGCCCUGUCCACACUUUGAAUGCGUUUUCGUUGUCAUCGAAAACGCAUCAAUCGAUUCGCUUCCACAGUUUCGUUUUGAUGCUUUUUCGACUGUCCACAAUAAAUCGUUCGACGUAAGUUGAACCCUAUGCUGCAAGCACACGCGCCUGCGAUAUUUUGGGUCAUCAUUUUCAUUUUGAUGCGAUUUCGACCGUUUUCGACCAUCCACGACCAUUCACACUAAUACGAUAUGUUUGCGUUUAAACUUUGAUCCACUUUCAAGAGCGAUUUCAAAUCGCUGCGUUUUCGAUGAAAACGCUAAGCGUAUUAGUGGGGACAGAAGGCCUAAACGCAUCGAAAUGUAUGCGUCAUUCAAACAAAAACGCAUUAAGUGUGGACGAGGCCUAAAACUCUUCAUUUUUAAGGUCAUUUAAAAGAGAGAAAUAAAAUAGAUGCGGUAAUAAGUGUUUUGGUUUUUUUUUUUCUAAACCAUUUGAAAGCUAACAAGCCUUUAUUUUUUAGAACCGACUGUUCGUCUACUGACAGCACCAACAGCAAAGACCACGCCUAAAGCCGAAACCACGAAACGCCCGCGAGUAACUUCGCCAUCUACCACACGCCCGCCGGUUACUACGCCUUCUACCCGACGCCCGCGGGUCUCCACUCCUACUCCUCGUCCUCUCUGUAACAGUUCCAUUCGUUAUGAUACAGUUUUUGUCGGCCCCGAUAGAUGGACCUACUUCUUAGUGGGGGAAAAAUUCUGGAUGGUCUCCAAAAGACUUCGCAGGGAUGGUCCUUGGCUUAUUAAGCAGGUGUGGAAGGAAAUAGAGACUCCAGUUGAUGCUGCCUAUCUCAACAGUCAAAAUCACGUCGUGUUCUUCAAAGGAUCAAUGUAAGACAUUGGACUCUUUAUGACUAAUCGCCCAGGAUCAAGAGUUAAUUUUCUUCCCUAGGAAAAUCUUUUCAAUCGUAUCGGGAAAGACACUUUGGAGGGCUUUCAAACUUAGCUGGUUUCCCGAGGAACUAUUGUAGUGGUUAAGUGAUUUGUUAUUAAGUACUCAUUGAUUUUUGCAAAUUUUAACGUAGCGUUGCACUUGAUCGCUGUUUAAAAAUAAGGAUUUGUUCACACUAUACCCCAGCUUUUGGUGCCGACAAAAAAUGCUCUCCGGUAUAUUAUGAAUACCUAUCCGAUAUGUGACGCUCCACUUUAGAGAUCGGCGCUGAGCAGCUUCGCUCCUUUACAGAAAUCGCGCCGAAAUCACCGUUCUCUCGUGUGAACAGAAGCCCUAUCUGCACGGUUUUCGUGCGGAACAGAGCACAGCCAAGGCUUUGUUAUUUAUUACUGUAAUACGCUUGGUGUGGACGCGUAUUUUCGUUUUAAAACAAAUAUCCGUAUACAUGAAACGAGGCCUUAGUGAACUCUGACCUUGUCAUUUUCCGUCUUAUCUUUAGGUUCUGGGAAUAUGACUACAAACCAAAACUUUUGAGAUCCGGGCAAAUCAACAACUACGGAAAUAGACCGUUCAAAGGAGAUAUUGCCAACUUAGACGCGGUCUUUAUCUGGGAGAGAAACAGUCAAACUUACUUCUUCAAAGGCAAUAAGUACUGGAAGUAUGACGACAGAACCAGAAGGGUGUAUACCUACGGAUACCCUAGAGAUAUUCAAAGAGCAUGGAAGUUUCCUGGAAAAAUUCGAGCGGCCGUCAAAUGGAUGAACGGUCUUAAUUACGUGUUCUGGGAUACAACUUAUACGAAGAUGAACAGGGGGAAAGUAGGAAAAGCCGCAGGAUAUCCCCAGGACAUUGCAAACAGGUGGAUGAGGUGCAAUUCAAAAGGAAGAGAUCUGUUUCCAGAGGAUCCGUAAUCAAUUUAAAAAUAUUAUGACUGAAAACAUAUCAAAAAAAUUAAGAACCCAUGUGUCCGGUGAAUAGUAUCACUUUGGGAAGCUAAAAAUGCAAUUUUUUCAAAGCAAUAUGCUCAAACUGUGGAACACUUCUAUCAGAAUAGACGUUAGCUGAUGUUAAUAAGCCAACAAUCUUCAACCUUUUGACUGAUAAUUGCUGUUAAAAUGGAGUAAUCAGGCGCGGAACCGUUUCUACACGACCUGCAUUCUUGGGCUUUGGUAUGUCAAUUAAACGUAGAUAACUGACCAAACUGUUAUUUAGACAAUCGUUCCCCUCCCAUUCCCGUCACAGAAAAGAAUUUUCGCGCAAAACUUCGCGCUUCGCUUAGGUCACGCGCGCCCUACAAGGCUGACCGCGCGCGUGAUGGCGUCACUUUAGCAACACCCAAAGACGAAAGCUAAAAAUUAAAAUUUGUUUCGUGGAAUAAGUUAGGAAGUUUUAAGACCAAAUCGGGUCAUAAUGACAAACAACAAAUAGACGAAAUAAUAUUGACUCUGGUACUCUGCAAAGAUUUGGUUUCGAUAAGGUAGAUUGGCCACCGUAGGGGGGAUUGAGUAGUACUGCCUCCUUCAGGCUGGCCAAGGCUUAGUUGGGAGCACUUGUGACAAGAGAGAAGCGCGAGAGGGAAUGAUGGGAACGUCUGAUGAUCUUUUUCCUUCCUACAGCGUCGUGGACCGGUCGAUAAAUUUCGGGGAAAUCCACCAUCUUGGAUUCACGAUUUUCCAGUCGCUUCGCUGUUUUCCUACUUCCAAUCUCUCCUUUGGUCAUCGCUUUUCUUAAUAAUCCCCAAAAAGUGAUUGCAGAUGACUGGGACGGGGUAGUGAGAAGUUGACGUUUUGAGUUCUAGCCUUUUUGUCGAGUGAUUCUGAAAAAUUGUGGGCUGCGGGCUGUGUGUGGUUCAUAUACCGAGCAUGAUGGAGCUAUGUUAUGCUGGAAAGGUGGUAAGGUGAAAAACAAGAAUAAAUUCGCUGAAUAAAAAGCGUUCGUUGUUUCUCGCGAAGAGGGUUAUUAAGGGUCUGCGCCUUGCGUGUUACUUUGAUGAAGAAUUAAACUACGGAUUCUCAUGUUUUCGCUGGGAUAUUUAGCGAGAUUAAAAUGGCUCGCUAGGGUUUCGAUAAGUAUUCGUCGUUUCUUUCAACAUCUCGGAGAUGUUUGCGCCAUUUUAAUCUCUGUAGUCAUUGCAGCCAAAACAUGGGAAUCCUUUCCAUGAUGCUUCGGUGGCGAAUAAAUUAGAGCCAAAAUGUUUUUGAUUUCGUAAUCCCCUAAUCCUAUAGGCUAAAUCCCAAAGGAAACAACGAACGUUUUUCAUGUUAAGAACAUACAUUACCGGUAUGUAAGCCACACACAACACUCAGGAUAAACAAGAGAUUUAAAAUUCACGUACUGGAUACUACGCCAAAAGUCUCCCCUAGACGUAGAAAGGUUUGUCGCUACGACAGUACGUAAACCUACCUGCUACGCACAAUAGACCAAGUUCUCGGAAAAUUACUUCCGGUUGUUGUAGUAAAGGCCGCAGAAGCGUUUUGCCUUUUUGUGAACAGGCUUACACAAAACAACACAACUGCACAAAGCAACGCAACUAACGCAACUCAACUCAAUAUAGCCCAGGUUGUAAAACGCGCAAUAUAUUCAAUACGCUGCAAAUUGCUCAAUACGACUUCUAUAAUUGGUGUACUCGUAUAUUAAUUAAUGUUGUAAUUGUUCUACUCAUAUCUUGUUAUCUGCUGACUGUAAAUGUUUUACUGAUCAGUUUGUUUGAAGCUGGGUAACGAACGGUCUUGCACAGCUUUUUUUGCGCGCAAAGACAGUAUAAAACCAUCAUCGCGCCUGUAACACGAGCAGACCUCGUUAAUGUGCUUGACAACAGAAGAAAUUUUGUUUGUUAAGGUUUACAACUCGCCCCUGACUUGCACACGUCCCUUUUACGACAGAAUGGUACAGAUUUUACUGCACAGUUUACGGAGUAUUGCUUAACAUGUCGCGGACGUGUUCGUGGGACUGAUAACAGUUUUUCGUUGGCCAACCGGCGCCGGGCUGUUAGACAAAAAAGAUAUUGCGCCGUAUGGAAUUAUGGCGUAUAUCGCGUAAAUUGCGCAGUUUACAAUUUUUGGUAUACCGCAUCACGUAGUGUUGCGCAACAUAUUGAGCAGUCUGUAGUUGACCUGCGCAGCUGACACAAUACCGCAGUAUAUGUCGCAGUUUUACAACUUUUGGUGUGUAUUGCGUUGCGAGCAACAAGCCUACGUGAGUAGACCUUGAUCACGUACACCGUCUCUGUUGUCACCAAGGAUAAAAACAUGGCGAGGUCGCACCAAAACCUUUACAAUAUAUAUAUAUAUAUAUAUAUAUGUUCAAUCACUCAGUAACUUUUACUUGAGAGUGCCUCCCUGAACGUCAUUUAUGUAUCAUGAGCCGUCCCAUGAUUUCGAACUUGUGACUUUGCAACCAUAUGCCUUUCCCUCAGUUUUUAACUGUUCUAGAGAUAAAAUAGUUCUUGUUCUUGUUUAUCUGUAGUCUCUAGUCAUUGUGGUCAAUUUUAGUUUCUUUAAUUCUCCUUUUACUUUUAGUUGUAUUUUAAUAGUUGUAUUUAUUUCCUGUAAACAUGACCCUUCUAGAUUAGCUCAGCUACCCUCGCGGGCAUGUUAUAAUUGUACUUUUACCUUACAAUACAAUUAAAAAAUGUAUGUAUGUAUGUAUGUAUGUUAGUGAAUUUUGCUUGUGAAAAACAGGUCUUGAUUGCGAAAAAGGUGGUGGUUUACUCGCUGAAUAUGGUGCAAAAGGUUUUUUUUUUUUCCAUCAGCUAGUCUAGAUCAACAUCACGUACUCAUUAGUAUCUCUCUGUGUCUUUUGGACGUGGAUUAUGGCUCCGCACGCCCCGAGAUCCCAACCAUUAUAGUCAUUAUAUAGGCUUAAAAAAUGUGGCGAAAAUAGUUUGCGUUUCUUCUGCACGUUUUCAACUAGAAUUAUUCAAACUAGUUGAGGUUUUUUUUAUAUUUUUCAGUUAAGUUGUAAAAUUAUUUUGGAUGGGAGAUAAAUGUUUAUAAUAGAUUGACCAUCAUUUACUCCUGGGGGAGGGGGUUUACUCCCGGAGAUAUUUGGGUGGAAGUGUGCGUAUGUUUUUGCAACCCUUGCUCGUUUCAGACCAAAAUACUGUGCCAUUUGACCAUUUAAUUUUUUGUAAUAUGAUGGACCAGACUUCUAAAGCUCGCCAUACUCGACCCCAGUGCGCACGCUUCUGAAACAGAAGAGAUCUGGGAUCGAGAUUGUGCAGCACGCGCACUCUAGCUCAUGUUCUCAGAAACCCAGCACGUGCGAGGUUAAUGGUUGUGUCUUGAGAAGGCUUCAAAUUUAUCAAAGAGAUAAGCAUAAGUAAAAUGUAGUGUCUUGUAAAAUCUAUACACAAUUCCAGACCAGACAAUAUUUCAGAGCACAACUUUGAUCUCUCCAGUGUCUGACUAGCAGGUACUGUAUGUCUUAAACAAGGGGUACCCCUAAUAAAACGAGGGUCCACUCCACCAAGCCAGUAUAGCACGUAAAACGAGCCCAUCAGGGCUCCUGCACGUGACCACAAAAAGAUGUUCUCUGAAAUUCAACUCUGUGUUAACUUCAGCCAACCUUGAACUCAGUAAGAGACCGGAAGGAAAGAAAUCUUUGGAACUAGCAUAACUUUUUUCUACGUGACAUCCGCAGCCGUUUUGCCGAGAUGGUUUCAAACGGAUUGUUUAGGGGAGACAUCACGCCAAUUCUCAUAAACUGACACGGAUUCAAUGACCCGAUAAAUUAGAAAUAAGUCAGUUGUCGCAGAGCCUUGCGAGGCUCCGAGAGAGUGGCUAAGAGAAUGUAAGUAAGGACGCAGUUUGUGUUUUAGUGAGUAUAUAAGCAAGUUACAUUACCGUCUUCAUAAUUUACAGCCUGCACUUUAUUGGCUAAUAUCGCCUUCUCACAUGUUCGUUCUUUAUAGUAUAUAUAGUAGUGGCCUUAAACGUUCUUUUAAAGAGAUAAUUUUGUUUACUACACAGGCAAAUUUAUCAUUAGUAGUGUUGUGAUACCAGACCACUAUCACGGCAAAUCUUCUGAUUUCACUUAGUGUGAAUCGUGCACAGUAUAUCAGUGACAAUCAACACUGAAGACUGGUCGAGACUUCCUGAACGUCAUUCAUCAUAUGAUUCCCAACUUAACGAUAUCUGUAAGGAAACGCUAAUAGCCUAUACUUCUUUAAUUGAAUACUGCAUUUAUUGAUAAGGACGCUUUUAACUGUCGACUGCGUUUGGCAAAAAGACAAGUUUUGACUGACGACGAAAGGCUAGGACGGUUCGAGAGAGAAAGUUGUGCUUGCAUUCCUUGGUGCAGGUUAUCUCUUUCAGCUCCGGCUUUCUCACGUACAAAUUCCUCUAGGAAUCUUCUCUGGAAUCUUUCAGCUAGUUCGCUUGUCAAAUUAAGAUUAAAAAGUUGUGCUUAAUUCUAACAGAGUGUGGGUAGAUCACUCGGGUGCCUACUGAUUAGUUCCAGGGUACCUACUGUCCGGGUUCUUGGCCGGGAAUUUCCCAGUUUUAAUACAGUAGAGAUUUGACUUUCCGUUUAACCCGUCUGUCAGUUCUGGAAAGUAUCCUUAACAAAGAUUGGCCUAACAACCAUAAGCCGGGGAUGUAAGGGCAAAAUUAAGCGACUAAAACCCCAGGAACUAAUAUCUUCGUUUAGUACUCCAAGCCUUCCCAGUCAUGCAUGUUUUGGCUUCUUGUUCUCUUUUUCCUCACACAGCCGGCUCUUUUAAUAUAAUAUUGUAUUCUCCCUGCCACCAAUCAGAGAAAUUCAAAAGAUCAAAUCUGCGGAGGAGAUCAUUGUCUAAUAAUUAAAUUCAGCCAUCCAUCUUUUACGGUGCCAUCGAGGAUACUAGUUUGUAUUUUAUUUUUUCGGCUUCAGUUGUUCCUAAUUCAGCAUAACGCUAUAAGUGGUUCUUUUAACUAAGAUACAACCGGCGUUUAAUUGUCACAACCAAAUUCCUGAAUCUUGAAACUUGGCACAUCACUAACGUCUCAAUGGGUUAAGGAAGUAAAUAUGAGGUUUUACAAGUGUGCCGGUUUACAUGAACAAGUGAUGAAAACAUGUAAACACUAAAGGCUAGAGUCUCAAGUCUGACAUGCGUGGGUGGCGAGUGAUACGGGACAAAACGCACGAUGAACAGGAAAUUAGGAAGCAAAUAAAAGUUGUGUGAAUUUGCAUUGAACCGAAAUAAUUUCCGGCAUUAAAUGAGAUAUUUUUUUUUUCGCAAAUGUAGUGUCUUUCUCUAAGUGUUCUGGCCAAAAAUUUUAUCAAGAAAAAGUGCCUUAGUUUUUUGUUGUUUAAAAAUUGCAGUUAAUUAAUCGCGCAUGCUGGCAGAAAAUAUGUAACUUACAUUCCGGGUGAGAACAGAAAGCAUAUGAGGCAUAUAUUUUUGUUUUAGCGUUGUUGUUGCUGUUUUUUCUGUGAUUUUCAUAUUUUGAAAUGCCGUGGAUUUGAAUUGAGGGGAACUGGUUUGAAGAUAUUCCUGAAACAUUUCAGAUCACGUCAUAAACAACAAUGCUUACAGGUGCAUAGCUAAUCUAAGCCAUGAUGGCACCAAAAAUUACGUAAAUCAUCAUUAGUACAAAACCGCAAAAGAGUGUUUUUCCUUGGAAGAUUAAUUUGUAGCAUCGAAACUGAAAACACUUGAAUAUUGGACGGUCGUCGGAUAAACUUCUUACUAAGUUUCUAAAAACUCACGAAAACUGCACAAAAAUUUCCCCUACUGAAACAUUAAUUAUGUUUUUGUUUCAGUUGAGGGUUUAAGUCCCAAAGAGCUAAAAAUACACACCAAAGGUGUGGAAUACCUUUAUAUAAAUUUUCUAACAAAACAUAGGUGGUUUUUUAUUGUCGAAGCUUGACAAAGUAAGUCCGGAUUUCCUUAGGUUUGUCAUCACAUUACCUCCACCUACUGCCUUCCAAAACAGCAGGAUCUGUUUUUGUCUUUAAAGGCGGAAAGCCAACAUUGUUCGCUAUAAAAGAGGCAAAUUACUCUACGCCAUUAACUUAAGCCUCUGACCUGAAUUGACAGAGCAUCAGUAGCUCGCAGCUCUCAACGAGAUCACUUAUAAUUACCUUCUUGUGAAACUUCGUUUCUUGAUCAAAACGUUCAGUAAGUCUUGAUAUUUGCCACCUAAUUUUGACGUCCUGAUUGAAACAAUGACAAGAUUUUCGCUGUUACUGGUUGUUUUAUGUACAAUCACUGUACUAUCUUGUGGAAAACCUACCCUACCGACAUCGUCGAAGGUUUUGGUAAGUUGUCUUUACUUAACUUGCAUAUGCUGAUAUUUCGCAGCGACAUUAAGGCCGACAAGUGGAUUAAUCUGUCUGCCGAUUGUAGAGUUGUCAAGCCAUUGUCUAAUAUACAGAGAAAAAAUUUGGCGGAUAUAAUUUACGCCUUAAGUAUUAAGUGCAGUGGCCAUAGCGUUAUCCAAACUAUUUGAACGGUUAAAGGUCUUUUUCUGUGUUUUUAUGUUCAAUAAACUUGAAUGUCUUAGAAUAGAGCGUUAGUAAACUGCAAUCGAUAUGUUCCUUCAUUUCUACUCUGAGUUAAAAUCGCGGUUAGCUUCUAAAUCUCAACGAAAAAAAGAGUAAUCGACAACUGUCAGUCUAGAAUCAGUACACGUAAUAUAUUACUGUAGGCUUUUACUGCCAGAAUGUAUUAAUUCAUAAAAAGCAAAAGUAGUGGGCCGUCAGUGAUGAAAUUCUUUCGUUUUGUGUAAAUUUACCCCGUUAAUUAUGGGUUUAAUCUGUUACUAAAAUAGCUUAUUUUCCUGAUGCAGAGUCCCGCUGCCCUUCUAAGUUAAAUUGGGGCUUUUUGGUCAAAAAUUUUGAAAAAGCCGUUAAACUGAGAUACGACAAGUUUUACGCAGACAGCACAUCUUUGAAAAUUAAACAAAAAUUCCAUAUAAUAAAAACUGAAACAAAGAUCGGUCAAAGAAUUAACAUCUUGAUAUAGGACGAGUGAAAGCACUGCUUGGUAACUUAGACAACAGUUUGAAGAUCGAUUGCUCCAGAUUGCGUGACCUAGUAAAUCUCGUUGUAGAUUCCAUAUUGUACAUAAAUUUCACGCUGAUACAAAGUCAAGUUUUCUGACCUUAAACUCUUAAAGGGAAUCACGGUCAUUUCUUGAAAUUACAAGCCUUUGUUUUAUAAGUGUUUUCAGUGGCAAUUAGCCGUAGAAUCUCUGAGUGCUGUAUGAAAAUAUUCAUAAUGCUCUCAUCGUAAGGUAGCAAAAUGUGCAGUAGGUUUGUUUGGAAUUUACUAAUGAAUUUUACACAGAAGAAUUUCAUUCAAACAAGAAAGGAAGCCUUCUCUUCCUGUGUUUAUAGUUUCGAUGACAAAAGGAUAGAUUUUAUUAAUCUGACGUCAUGUCUACGUAACAUCUUCAUAUUGCCUUUAGGGCGGGAGCCACAGGAACAAACGCAGAACCUACAGAGCAAACCAACACAAAACCGGAACACGUGCAUAAAAAGACAUACAGAUUUAACCGAACAACGCAUUUUUCAAAUUUUUCUUUUCGGCUGGUUUAGAUUUGUGGGGGAACAGGCUUAGAUCACUUUAAGCAACCAAGAUCAGAACUUUUAGUCAUUAGUUACAACCACUUUAUGCAAAUAUGGGAAAUGUGUACGUAAGAACAAACUUCUUGUACGUUGACUGGCCUUCCUUGCUGUAUUUUUACAUUGACGUCAACUAAAGUCAUUACCCGAACAAUGAUUUGUUUUAUUUUCUCAUGGAUUAGAAGAAAACUUCACAAAUGGGCUUUUACCCUACUAGCACUUUUUAUCAAAUUCCAUAAACUCUGACAAUACCGGCUCCUGUGAUAGAUAAGUAGACUUGCCCCAUCCGGCUAGUUCGUGGGUUGUGGGCGGUUGGACUCCCCUCUCAACACUCUAAUAUUGGUUUUAGUGAUUUUUCGUACCGUUUAAAUAUAAUGUUUGUAGGUAAAACCUGUCCUGUUAAAUUGUCUAAUGCGAUGAUGAAGGUUUCACAAAAAGACCAAAAUUGACUUGCAACACCAAAGUAUUACAGACUGUCAAUAUUGAUUUCUUUGUUUUCUUAAGAGUCGAGGCGUUUAAAUAGUUGGGCGUUUCGAUGACUUGACAAUAAGACUAUAAAUGUUGAAAACAAAGAACACAUCAAGAAUCCUCUUGCGGUUUUUAAAAUUUUGAAAGCACAAUAGCAAAUCGUUGCCAACGAUGACAGCGCAAUGAUGACAUUUUUGGAGAUACAUUAUCCAGGCCGGUAUUUUGACAGUAUAGAGUAGAGCGAUCAAAGGUUGAUAAAGCAGAGAGAUCAAACGUAACCAAAGACUCACUGGGCUGAAAAUCCCGGGCUGAAAAUUAAUGCACAACAAUCCCGCUAAUCCGAUAAUCUGGAGUCUCUAAAAUAAACCUUGAUCGAAUUGAUAAUGAAAUUGUUCUGAAUUGUUGGCGUCCCCUCCCCUAAACCGCAGGAUCUAUAUUUACCAAUAACUGAAGUCGAGAUACUACGCGUGUUAUGAUUGGUUAAAAUGUCCCUAAAAAAACUGGGAAAAACCAACUGAAUGGGUCAUUUAACUGACCCCGGGGGUUCUCCCUUAUGUGAGCCAUAUAAGUAUGUGCCGUCCCAAAAGGGUAUGGAUUUUGCGCCGCGUUGGUCUGAAAACGGAUAUAGAUUUUGCCCAUUUAGGUCUGGAAACAGGUAUAGUUUUCGAGACGGUGGUGUAUGAACGUUUUUGUCGUUUCAAUUCCAAAUAAAUCAGAGAGAAAGAAAUAUGCGAACUCGCGUUCUUACUUAAGGAAUGACGUCAUAAUUUCUUAGAGGUUGGGGCUGAAAACAGGUGUGAAAAAUGGCAUUUUUGGUCUGAAAUAGGGUCAGGAUUUGGAGAACCGGGUGGCACACCAAGAAUUCCCAGGAGACCCCUUCUUCCCCCCCCGGUGACUAAUUGUGCGGCACUUUAUUAGUAACAUUCGUAGCAUUCUUUCUCGUGUUUACUUGAAAUGUAGAAUUUCUGCAAACAUCUGCUUUCAAAUUUGUUUGUCAUAAAUAAACUCCACUCGCUGGGAGGUGAAUAUUGUUGAAUAGUCCGAGAUAGCGAACCAAUCAGAUUGCUCAAAUCACCAAGAUCAUUGAGUGUGUACAUACUACAUUGGAUAUUCCGCGCGGAGUUCGUGAGAUUAGCGUUAUUUAGCAGGGUGGCUCUUGGUACAAUAUAGAAUAGAAUUUAAUAUGAGAGUAGAAGUUCCACUGAUCCUGAUGAAUGCAUAUUUUUUACAACAGAAUUACUUGGAAAGAUAUGGUUACUUAUCGCCUGCUGAUGUGGAAAUAGGAAAAAAAAAGCUAAAUUCUGGAAAAGUUUCUGACGCCGUGCGAAAACUUCAGCAUUUCGCGGGGCUCAAUGAAACAGGGAAUCCGCUGGACCCAAGUACCGUAGAAUUGGUUACCAAGCAACGGUGCGGUUUUCGUGAUCUUGGCAAAACGGCGCAGUUUAAGAGGAGAAGGAGAUAUGCUCUACAUGGCACCUGGUGGCGUAAACAUGUAAGUCACCACCACGUACGAAAAACAGAAGUGAAUUGCGUUUUUUUUUCAGUUUUGGUUUAUUACGCAAUGCUGUUAAGAAGAUUCCAUGACGAGCCAAAAUACAGACCUUUACAUAGCCUCCGUAGCAAGCGUUUCCAGUCGAGUUAUCUCGCCCGGAAACGUUUGCUACCCAGGCUAACCUUUACAAUGUAGAUUCUAAGACGGGGACGACUACGAGUACGAGAAGUAGUGCUCCCACGUGAACCAGUGUUAUUUUGGCGGGAAAACGCGAUAGCCGUCGUCAUUCUACUACGAGUCUUAGCGAGAAUGUCGUAGUGGCGGAAACAAGUUAUCAAAUGUUAGAAGUUUUAUCAUUUUGCGAUCGAGAGAGAGCUUUUAAACCUCUUUCAUUAAAGGCAACAGUGCAAACCUUUCUAGUAAAAAAAAAUUACAAUGAAGCUUUUCGGGAUGUUUUUUUUGUUUUGAAUAGGCGAAAAACUUGGAGGCCCUUGAAGUCAAAUCUCGUUCUCGUCUUCGAAUCUUUUAAAGGUGUCAUUUCAAAAAAACUAAAAUUUAACGGAAACACACAAAUCUCCUAACAUCGCUUUUCUGAUACUAGAUGAUGAUGACUAGAUGAUUUGUUUCUCUUGUAGCUGGGCAUUUACGCACUUGAAUUUUAGCUGAUAUAAUAACGUUACCCUAUCUAAAGAUCACACCGGGAAACGCAACACCAACAAGGGCAAAAUCGAUAAAUCUUCACCGUCACCAAUUGUGCAAUUAGUGGAAUUAUCUUCCUAUAUUUAUUGUGUAAAAAAUUCGUCAACGUACUUGCUAACUUGUGCUUCACGGCAGCAGUAGCUCAGUAGGAAGCGCGCUUGUCCGAAGAGCGGGCGGGAGGUCGGUGAGUUCGAACCAAUAAGGUAGGGUUAAAAAAACUCAGAAACGAAGUAUAUUACCUUUGCCCUGCAAGAGGCUAGACCUUUGCGUGGCUCAGAUGACCAGUUAAAAUAGCGGCCCCAUCUCCAGCAGGAGACGUAAAAUUAGUGUCUUAAUUAGUACUUUUGUGCUAAAUACAUUGACACUCAAAUAAAGUGAAUCUGUUUUUAUUCUGAAACUUCGCCAGGAUUUAAAAUACAAGAUGGUGAAGUAUACAGCAGACCUGUCAGUGAAGGACGUAGACAAAACAAUUAAGGCUGCCAUGGACUUAUGGGCAAAGGUAACUCCGCUAACCUUCACCAAAGUGACGAGUGGACCAGCCGAUAUAGAUAUUUUCUUCGAUAAAGCAGUAGAUAAAGGAUACUCCUUUGAUGGAAGGGGAGGAGAGCUUGCGUUCGCCUACUUCCCUGGAAAUAAUGCAGGUACGUUUCUUGAACAUAUAUUCCGUCUCCAUGUACGAGGUAGAGUGAAAACGUAGGAACCUCUAUUCAUGGAACACCUGGAUCCAUUCAGAAUACAGACAAGUUGGUCCUGGAAAAUGUUCAUAUAAUCUUUGUAUUUGUUUCAUGUAUCGAAGGGACCCAUCUAUUCAGGGGAAAGGGACACUGUCUGGGUUCUGAAACCUAGGUUUAACCUCCGCUCAGUAGACACCUUAGCACUCCAAAACACGCACUCAGGAAAAGCACUCCCAAAAAGCCCUAGCAAACACAAAAAUCGUUCAUAAGUCAAAGUGUACCAGGCUAGUCACAAUGAGACCAACUUUCACAACAUGAACUGUCUCACUUAAAUCGAUGUACUGCAUUAAUUUGUGGGUAUUCAAUACAAAAUUACGCAGAAACUAGCUGCUUGAAAUAAUGACAUUUAAGAGUCUUCAUGGCCAAUAAGGUCACCAGGGCUUAACUGACAGAUGACCAAUAACAUCACGACUUAACUGGCCAAUCAUGUCAAUAACCAGAGUUUAAUACCAACAACUGACGUUAUACAACUCACUUUGACUCUGAAGAUGACUACCACACAGGUUGUCGAAACGUCAGUCACUGUCAACAACGACAGUCCUAUUCAGGACUAAGGUCACCCGGUCGAUCAUGUUUCACCUUCAAUAUUUUUUCUGUUGUUGUUUUUGUUUUUCUGGCCUACAACAGGACUUUUUGGGGAUGUUCAUUUUGACGAUGAAGAACAAUUUACCACCAACAAUAAGGGAGGAGGAGUGGAUCUUUUUUGGCUGGCGCUUCAUGAACUGGGGCACAGUCUGGGUCUUGAUCAUUCUUCAAAUAAGGACGCCAUCAUGUAUCCGAUUUACCGUGGCAGUCGUCCGGGACUUCAACUUCAUCGCGAUGACAUUUUGGGAAUUCAGCAGCUCUAUAGUGAGUUAAAGAAAAUAAUCUUUACUUUACUUUAUUGAAAUUCGCCACGGUGACUCAACAUGGUGACAGUACAUGAAACAGGACAUACGUCGCGGCACUUGAUAUCAAUCCCUUCUUUACCCACCCAGCCCAUGAAAGGUUGUACCACACCACCGGGGUCUAAGCCCUCUACUCUUUACGAACAGCAGUAUGGUUUUUUCUAAGUCCUCCAGAAUCAGAACAUCGAAAGACUGCUGUGAGACGGGACCUACACUAGAUUUGUGUCAGUUAAAUACAGAGGACCUUGCUUAACUUUAAAAAAUGGGCAAGAUCACUAAGGACGUUGAGAGAGUGUUCUGGGCGGGUGACCUUCUCCCACCCCACAUGAUUGAAUAAAGUCUAUUCUAAAAUCUUAAGAUCCACUGUCUUUGAAUGACGAUAUCUCAGAGUCCACAUUUCACCCAAAAAAAUCCAUCAUUUGAAAGUUCACUUUUGUUUUCACUGUCUUCGCGUCAAGGCAUUUUUGUUACAAUUUCCUGUAUUGGCCUUGAUUUGGUUUACCCAGACGACUUUUUAGGCCCGUAUUAGCUACGCCCCUGUCAUUUCAUACCGGGGAUUGGAAUUCCCCCUAGAUGUUUCGUUAAUGAACCAGGAGCCCAUGUCUUAUGAGCUCCUGUUUGAACUAAAACAAGAUUAUGAAGGUGCACAAAGAAUGAUUGUGAUUACUGACUGAUCCACAAAAUGAUCUUUGAAUAACAAGAGAGAGAGAGAGAGGACUUUCAAUAUGUUCUCCAAAUUGCUAACGAAAUCAUAGUAGUCUUCCUAGAUUUUUUUUAGGUUUUUUACUUCUUUCCUAACUAGACUGUAACUGUCUUCUUCAAGGACAAUUAACAGUAAUCCGUAUCAUUUAUUUUUGAGUUACCAUGUCAUAUCAUGGUAACCUCUUACCUUUCAUAUACCUGAAGCCUGCAAAAGGUACCCGGUCCCCCUCCGGGCGGAGUCCCCCCCCCCUUUAAGGCCAUUAUAGGGAGUACAUCCCCCGGACUAUUAGUUCAUCUAACCUAUUAUAGGGUGAGUCGUUUUCCCUGACACUGAGUUGUCUAUUUUUGUUCUUCAUUUAAUUUUUCCACUUUUGACAUGUUUAUUUUUUUCUUCCAAUCCGCCAUCAGGAGAGUCAACAAUCGCUAAAGUUACAACAACACCUCAAGUGCACACGACACGGCAGUCUAUCCCAGGAAAACCAGAUCCAUGUGACAGCACUCUUGAUGCCAUGGUAAUGACCGCUGAUAAGACUACCUACGCGUUUAAGGGCGCAUAUUUCUGGCCAGUUGGCGACUAUGGUGUUUUUACAGAAGCACUGAAGAUAUCCGAGUUCUGGGAAGGUCUAGAGGGUGAUAUUGAUGCUGCUUACACGAGACAGUAUGACGGGCUCACCUUCAUAUUUAAAGGAUCAAAGUGAGUAACUGUUCUUCUUCUUUAUCUUACUCUUUACCAUAGGCAGCUGCGCAGCAACAGAAAGUUUAACGUGCCAGUGUGCAAGACUGAUCGUCUUAAAAAAUCUUUUAUUGUUAGCCAUAGCCUAAGAAUGUAAAUAAAUUUGUUUAAGUAUGUAUAUUUUCCUAACACAAGGUUAUCCUAAGUGAAAUGUUUUUGUUAGAUUUGUACAUUUUUAUUAUUAUAGUUUUUUAAAUCCAUUUUAACUAUAACUUGUAUAUUAUACACGUAAUUCAGUCUGCGAGGUCAGGGGGGCUGUUUCUCGAAAGGCUCUGUAACCUUUCGGGCCAGAAGGCAAAUUUUAAAAUUAAAACCUGUUAAAUAGUAGCACAGGUCCAAGUUCACAAACCUGUCAAUUUUGCUUCGUUAAUUAACUGAUAGUUUAAUUGUAUCAUUUUCAAGAUUAUAGAAACUUUGAUGAUGAAUGCAAACACGGUAAACACAAGCUUUCCAGGCCCGAAAAGUUACCGAGACUUUCAAAAAACGGGCCCCUCAUGAGAACCGAUAAAACGUCGGAGUCGCUCGUAUCACCAAUUAUACUAUGGCUCAAAUCUUACAUAAUCUUAUAUGUAAAAGAUCCAUGGCCAGUGCAGAAAAACAACUUUUUCCAAUUUCGAAACAGACGUUUCUGGUUUUCGUUUUCGCGUGCUGGUUAGAGCUCACGUAUAAGAUUAGAAAAGUUUCCAUUUCGCUUCGGCUUUGACCACUCAGUUGAAAUAAUGGACGGGGUGAAUUUCCUUGCGUUUAGGACAGUCUCAAACUAGACACUCACUUUGGUUACCACCCUAAUUAAUUUGCAUUGCUUCCUUUCUACACUGUGAUUGGUUGACAGAUUUCGUGCCAUUAUCCAACUCAAUGUAACUGCCAUAUGUCAGCUUGCGUUUUCCCACGUUUUAGCCCAGUUUGCUGAUUGUUUCAUUGGAUAGUAAAAUCCCUUGAAUAUACAGGCCUAUUUAACGCUUAAUAAAACCGAUUGGUUCCUUCUUGCAAGGUCUCUAAUGUAGACAUGCUAGAGCCAGAUCUCACUUGAAGUGGGAAUUAGGACGAAACUGAACGCAAGGCAGGCAAAAUACAGCAAAGGGCUGAUUUAAUUGACGCCAAUAUUUCGGCUAACAAAAUUAGUGUUCCUCAGGGCCAGAGUUGCACUGAAAGGCUCUGGCCCUGAGGAAGGCUAAUUUUGUUAGCCGAAAAUAGGAGCCCAUGAAUUCCACAAAUAAAUCAGCCCUUUGCAGUAUUGCCAGCCUUGCAUUCAGAUUUGUUUUCAUUGAAUAGCUCGCGUAUGCUAUGGUUGCUUUAGAAUGGGGUUCCUUAAUCGCGGAAAUUCUUUCUCUUUGUAGGUACUGGACGUACAAAAACAUGAAUCUAGUGAAAGGGGCAUCAAACGUUUCAGAUCUAAACCUACCCAACGCAGUCCAUAACAUGGAUGCGGCAGUUGAGAGAGGAGCUGAAGGACACUUAUAUAUCUUCAAGGGCGACAAGUUUUGGCGUUACGAUGGUUAUAAGAAAAGCGUUGAUCCUGGUUACCCCAAGCUUAUUCGGUCUGUGCUUCCGGGUUUACAGAGAAACAUACACGCUGCUCUUCAGUGGAAAAAUGGCAAGACGUUCUUUUUCAAGGGGGAACGAUAUUACGUACUAGAUGACUCGUCCUGGCGCAUUCGGCAAGGUUUUCCAAAAUCGAUCUCAACCUACUGGAUGGGUUGUUCACCAGAGGGAUUAGCCUCGGGAAGAAUUUUACCGCAUGGCUCGGUAAGAAAGAAGAAGCAGCAGAUUCCCGCAAAAAACAAUGGUGUCCAAAAGAUUAAAGGUGGAUUUGUAAUGAUAACGAUUUUGUACCUACUCAGUCAGUAUUUGUAGAUUAAUUAACAAAUCGAAAACAAUUUUCAAUGGUCUGUACUCUAAUCGACCAUAAAAAUGAUGUUAAAAAAAUUGUUGUCGAUUUGUGCUAGGCCUGGAUACAAAAUACCGAAAAAUGUCCUAAAAAUCUAUCUGGAAAUUCUCCAAAAAUGUCUAUAAAUCCCAAUUUUGCCUAUAAAAAUCUCGCAAUUCAUUCUAGAAAUCCCGAUUUACCACAAUUUUUUUCUGAAAUAAUGACAUAAUUUGCAAAAAAUGCGGUAAAUGGUAAUAUAUUUACUAGACAAGUAUGUGGUUCGUCUAGUUUACAUAUAUAGUAUACACACGAUAACGACAGUAUAAGCACUGAGUAGAGUUUGACAUUUCAUGUGGCCUAUAACCGAACUUCUUAGUUAGAACCACCCACCCAAAUUUGUUUUUGUCUUUUUUUUUUGGCUAUCGGCUGUAUGUUUCCCAAACAUUAUCGUCUAAAAAAUCCUAAGAUUUUCUUAGAUUUUCAAAAAAUCCUAUUUGACUCUAAAAAUCCCCCCCAAAAUCUGGAUUUUUGGAUCUAGGCCUAGUCUAGCUGUACUCUUUUCGAACAUUCCUCUCGACCAAUUAGCGCACGAGAAAUCACUCAGUUGUUGUAAAAACAAAAUUGGACUAAUGUUCCUUUGCUGGCUGCCCCUAUCAAGAAAAUGAUUUUUAAAAAAAUCCCUGUGUAAAUUCCUAAUAGAUUACUGACAAAUCUAAAGCAGUUUAUUUAUUUUUUAAGCCGUACUUUCAUUCGUAAAGAGACCAUUAUUUCCAAGGUAUAUCUCCUUGCUGAAAAAGUCUCAGUGUCCGCUAUCGCGCACAAUGCGGUACUUUGUCAGUCCACAUAUAUUGAAACAGCAUCAUUGAAAGAUACAUGUGUCUCAUGAAAAAAAAAUUCCACGAGUAUUUUCGACUACUCUCUCUGACCGUCUGUUUUAAGGCACUCAGACUUAACGCAGAGACAACCCUGAGACGAGAAUGGCAACUUUGUAUCAAUGUUAUAUCUUCUCUCUAAGAAAAAUGUUUCCAUUAUGACCUAUAUCCAGAGUAAAAAAUAUACACAAGUGUACAGGUUUUAAAUUAUAUUUCUAUCGUUGUUUUAUAUAUUUAUCUCUAAGAGCAAAGUUUAUGCGUCGGAUAUAAAAGCGCGUCGAUUAUAUCAGAAAUAUGAAACAAUCACUGCUGAAGAUUUUUGUAGAACUACAUCAAACACUCAUAUACUCGAACACCGAGAAUAAGUUUUAAAGGGCCUUUGAGCCGUAAAAUGUUUUGUUUCUGAUUAAAGAUUACCUGACUAGCGUUACAAGUAAUAUAUAAUAAUACGCUAACUUCUUCCUCUAAGAGGUCCCCAGAAACGUAUACGAAAGAGGACUUAAACCUACUAAACUUUAACACUGACACUUAAUUCUUUCACUAUGUUCAUGUGUACCUUCCUUGCGGGACAUGAUCAAGUGCUAAAAGUUCUUGUGGGAUCAAAUUCUUGGUUUGAAACUACUUGACAAGACGGUUAUGUUCUGUUGAGGAAAUAAGUGAAAUAGUGUUUUUUCGCAGAAGUCGCAUGUAAAAAUUGUUAAGUUCCCAAUGGAGAGAAAGGCAUUUCUAAUUCUAGUCAAUCUACAAGGCCGCCGAGAUAUCAGCUGCAAAGCAGCAAUACCUAAGCAUGAACUACUUUGAGUGAAUUAUUUUAACGUGUUUAAAAGCUUUCUGUACCAAUAGCUCUGUACAUAUUUAUACCCAGAGUUUUUUCUAUUUUUUUUUAUAGAAUUGUAUUACGGAUUGUGAUAAUGGUUAAGAUGUAUAAAUUGUAAUUGGUAACAAGAAACAAUAUGAAGAAAAUAUUUUUAUGUAUAUAAUUAUAUAUAUCUUCUUAUUCUAUUACGCUCUAGUCCUUCUAUUGAGCACUCUGCCGAUAGGCGUGCAUACGUAUCAAGUGGUAUACAUUUUCAUUUACGUAUCAGUGCCAAACUACUUCUCCUGAUAUGUGUUGUUUAUUUUAUCAUGAUUAUUUUAUAAGAGAAAAGAAUAUAUAUAUUUUUUUAAACCAGAAAGAACAGAAUAUUAAAAAAGCAAAUUAAAAGGUUAUUCAGUCAGUGAUGGACGUUGUUUAUCUUUUAGUGUUGCAGUUUCCCCUCUUGGAAACAAACGUUGUUCACCAUUUAUAAAAUGUUUCCGGAAAAUACGGUUGAACAGUACAUGGAAUACUGUUUUUCGGGUCGUUUCUUUAGAAAAUGUCCGAAAGCAACGGGACUUCUGAAAGGUAAAUAAACAAGUCGUACUGUUUUCCCGGUUCGGAAGGGUCCAAACAGAAAUUCGUGUUCCGGCAUUUCUGUUUAAAGCAGUUUCAAGUAUACGCCACCUGCGGAAUCGCCCAUAAUGCACCUUGUUCUCAAUCAGUUCUCUUGGAGUCUUGGGACGGCUGUAAUAGCCAGGAGAAAUGAAAAACAAAGGUUAUGCAAGGCAAAUAAGGUGUAUUAUGGGAGAUGUGCAAGUGGCAUAUUCACGACCGUUUUCUGGCAAAUGGAAAUACGAAAUUUACUAGACACGUCCAGAAUUUUGCUUACCAUGUCCCACUGAACUGUAAACCGACCGGUUUUACCCAUGUAAAUGGUAAACAACCACCUGUUGGCACUUUGAAAUCCCAUUAAAGACCCUUAAAAUUACUGCACCGUUUUUGAACUGUUUCUAAUCGGAGAAAAAGAAGUGAAUAGCCCAGGUUAGAGCCCAACUUCGUCCUCCAGGCUUCUUCCCUUCGAAAGUUAGAAAGACUUUUCCGACGCGAGCCUUGGGGAAGAGGUUGCCCAGAACUGAUCCUGCACCCCCUUACCCCCCCGAAGGGGGGGGGGGGGGUACACCCUUAUAUAAGCCAUAUACCUGAAAAACGUUUUGUCGGCCCAAAGGGUAUAGCCUUGGUUUGGUCGGAAAACAAGUACAGAGUUCAAAAAUGGAUUUUAAUUUUUUUUUUUUAUUGCUGUCCUAGUCUAAGUAAUGAUGACAUAAUUUCUUAGUAGCCAGGUCUGAAAACGGGUAUUAAAACGGUCAGGUCUGAAAACAGGUGUGAAAAAAUGACGGUUUUUGGUCUCAAAUACGAUCAUGAUUUGGAGAACCGGGCGGCAUACCCCCACCAAGAAUUCCCACGUCUACCCCCCAGGCACCUUGCACAGUUUUUAUAUCCUCUCUCGUUAUGACGCCACACUAACAGUGUUUGUCGACAAACACUGAAUAGUGGUGGAUUCAUUUGCAGAAUACAGGUAUAACUGUAACGUUUGUAUGCUGGAUUUUUAUUUCAUUUCUGAGCUUAAGAACAUUGAGAAAAAAAUUCAUGUGGCAAAUGCAACGGUAAGACGGGUAUGCUGCUCGGGGGGGGACUCCCUAUAAUGGCCCCCACCAGUUACUAAUCGGCUCCUGCCUAAACUAAUGGAUAACAGAUGCGUUUUAUCGUGGCUGCAAAAAAGUCGAGAAAACUUUCUGGUUUGUAAUUUACUGUAUAUUUUACAGACAGUGCAUUUACAAGAGAUACAAAGUUCUGAGAGGGGUACCAUUUGUUUGGAGCCCAUAACGGCUCCUGCAUUUGUCCGAUAUAAGGUACACGAAAGGGGUACCGUUUCUGUCUAAAAUGGUUUAUAAAAGGGUAAGGGGUUGGACCUCGGAGCGGGGCCUCCCAGUAUAAAACUUUGAUGAGUAGCCUUCCCCCCGCGCCCCGAUGAGAAAAUGAAGGAUUAUUUUUUUUUAUCUUUAGCCAGUCUAAUUCUAUACAGAUACCCAAAAAAGAUGGAGAAAAGCAAUUUUUUUUCCCUGCGUCCCACGGCGCAGAGAUAUCAGAAUGUAGGAUUAAAUUUCCUUGACUGACAGAUCAAUGCUCGGACAAAAACUAGGCCAACAGCAGCUGGGAUACUAUACUGUCUAAACGGGCUUCCGCACACCAGUGUAUGGAAAGUAUACCAAAUAUGGAAGGUUCAUAGUACACCAACUCGGCGGUAUACCUUGUUUGGUGAUCCUGUUUUCUGACCAUUUGAGCACAAUUACACGGUGGCGCUCUCUGAUCUUUCAGCUUGUUAUAAGCCGCAGCACCCAAAAGUAUAAAAAAAGCAAAGAAAGCAAAGAAAGAAUUGUCAAAUAAAAGUUGAUAUUAUUUUUUCAGCUUUCGGGGCGGGGGAGGAUGAGGUAGAGAGGGUGAUCUUAAUUUUUAUCAAAAAGCCAUUAAUUGACAAUUGCAAUAGAGCAAAUUCACGUUAAAAUCAUUGGUUAUGCUUUGAGUAAAAACAGAUUUCAUCAAACAAAUCAGUCGUGCAGGCGCCAUCUGUCUGUAUGAGAGCGGCAGGACACUAAGCGCCCGGCGGCUGUAUUUGCUUAUAUGGACUAUUACGUACGGGGAUAUGCCGCUGGAUUGGGAAUGGUUUAUGCCCUCUCUGUCCUAAAAGGAGUACAUAAUUACCGCAAGAGUCUGUCCUAAACAGGGUAUAUUUUCAUACGGGUCUGUCCUUUAUAGCCAGGUCUUUCCCGAAAACUGAUCACAGGGGGUGGUAAAUCCAGCCUAAACCAUCGGCUCCUGUCUAUAAAACUAACACUUGUAAUUCGGUACAGAUAAGUGUGGAUUUCUCCUGUUAAUAACAUUAUUUUGAAACAAAUUAGGUCAUAUUUGAAAAAAAAGCAGUGAAGCUGAACAUUAUCAUGACCUUUGACGUCACCAUACUCCAAGACAUACUUCCGGGCAUAAAAUCCAUUGUUCUGCGCCAAGAUCUGCGUAGGUACAAGUGUCACGUAAAAAAGCAGAGUCACCCACACCUACACAAGGCCAUUUCUUCUAGAACCCAUGAGAAAAAGGUUAUUUUGUGUUACCGGCUGGAGACUCUCUGAACAAAACCCAUCAGCUUAUAACAUUUAAUGUCUUCAGUAUUUACCUAAUUCACUAUCGACGUCUUUUAGGCAAAUGCAUGUACACUGUACAGCGGGCAUUAUCUGUCUUAUCUUCGGUCGCGAUGAUAGGCGCAGUUCUUUCUCCAAAAAUAUUAUUACACCGUAUUGCAGACAUAAUUGAGAAGACAGAAUAAAUAUCUAAUAAUAUUUCACUUGCAAACUUUCACGAAUUAAGGUACAUAUCUCCUUCAUCGAUCAUAAACGAUCAUUUGUGGUACAUGGAUGAUUAAAAAUGUUAACUGACUCGCCCAGUCUUCGAGUACAGAGUCACGGGACUCCAAUAAAGAUCAACCCGGUUUUCAGUUUGUUUUGUUUUGUUUUGUUUUUUUUCACGAGAGAAACAUCUACUCAGUCUGCUAAGAAGGCUAUGUCUCCCUGUAUACUCAGAAAACAAAUAUCUGGCAAUUUUUAAUCGAAAGUCUGGAAACAGGUAAUUUGGCGGGACUGACGGACACAUGAGCAAUUUUUGGGAUCAAUUAUAAAAGGCCGUAAAUACAAGACUACGUCACCUAGCAUCUUUGGUAAUGGAAUGGGCUCUUUUUCUUGGACAAUUGCAGCUGGCAAAUUAAAAUUUUUUAACUGUGAAAUUGAUCGGUUUGACAGACUUUCACUGCUGGAAGAGGGUCAUAUUCUCAGACGUAUGCCAAGAUCGGUGCCAAGACGAUCUGUCAUCCACGCACGAUAAGUACGUACGUUGGGUGAGUAAAAUGUCAUGUGAUCUCUUCUUCACUAAAACGUGCCAAGCUUAUCUUACCAAACAUGGAAACGAUAUUGGAUAACGGAAGCAGUUCUUGUCACGCUCAAUAGCCUAUAAAAUCCCCGCUUCCACACUGGUAAGCCGACCCUUUACUGAUCGUUGUUUGUGGAGAGUGUUCAGUUGAGAGGAAGAAUAGUUUGCACGGAUCGCUACUUGCAAAGUGAGAGAUCACGCUUAUUAUCACCACGUCUCUAAGAAACUGAGACCGAAGAGCAAAUUUCACGAAAGACCAGAAAAAGCGGCUGUUCUCAAAACACCAACGGGGACGAUCGUUAAGAAAGAUUUCAUUGAUCAUUUCCUGUCUCAAACAAGAAGAAUUUGCAGACAUUAACGCCAAUGGAGAUUCUUGUUGGCUUUGCGACUCGAUUUGCCUUCGUAGUUUGCUGCUUGAUUUGUCUACAUAAACCCACUGAGAGUAGUCCAGUAAGCUCAAGACUUGUCGCAGGAGGAGUUGUAAGUAAUAUUUAACUUCUGUCAUCAAUGCAGCUGUGGUUAUUUUCAUUAUUUAUUCAGAAAGUGUUUGUCAUGGAGCAGAAACAAAAUUUCCUCAUUUACGUACGUUGCCAGUCGUAAUUGAAAACCGAUCUGAAAGUACUGAUACGUACAUCUGGUACAUUGUCUAUGACCACGCGCGCCGGUUCAAGAAUCAGACAGGAAUUUUGUAUACUGCUAUCAAAGGAAGUCACGUCUUUGCCAUGGAUAGGUGCUCACUAAUUAAAAAAUAAGUUUGUACAAUAAACGUUGUAAGCCAGAAUAACAGUUACGGCAUUCCUCAACUCUCGAUCAAGGCUGAUCUAGCAUAAAUGGCGUUAGCUCAUGUGUGACGUCACGGUUGAGCUGCAUCUUUCUCUAAGCUAGCCAAGAGGGUAGAGCCAGAAAAGCGUGGCAAAAAACCUUAAAUAUUAAAGUUUCGUAACACAUAGGAAGUCGUGUAGUGUUCAUGACACUGCUGGGUAAGAUGCGUGCCUUCACGAUGCACAAGUGGUGGGAACUGGUGACCUUUAAGACCUUUUCCAACAGCGCUUACGGGUUUCUUUUGGUUUUCCCAAUGUAAACAUCUUAGAAUUUCACAAUACGCACAAAAACUAUAACGCUAAAUAAAUAAUGACAAAAUACGGUCUCAGAGUGAGACAUUUUUCAUUUUGUCGUUAUCUCGAAAUCUUCUUCAAUAGUCUGAGUAAUAUUGAAUAUAUGAAUAUUGCUAUUAAUAUCUUAUAAUAUUAUUGACUCUAUUUUUUAAAAUUUACAAUGUAAAUUCAACGCAACCGAUCACCGGACAGACAAAUUUCUGGCUUUUGACUGAUGUAGGCUGAAGAUUUCUAUUCUCGGCUAUAAUUCACUACUGUUUGUUUCUUGACUUUUUUUUAAUUUCGUUAACAGAUUAACGCAUUGAUCCGAUAUUAUGCUUUAUGAUAUGUUUUUAUUUUGGAGUGAAAGUGUUAAUCUUAGAUAAAUACAAUAUUACACAAACUGUAUUGCUUUUUUUUUUUCACUUAAGAAAACAUGUGAAUGCUUUGCAUUUCUCUCCCGCUGUCUCCUGUGAUAGUGCUAUUUUAAAAUCAUCUUUUUUUAAUGGAAAAUGAAAAUCAAAGAAUAUGCAAAAACAAACUGAAAUGUCAUCUGAAACGGAAAACCGCAUAAUAACAGGCCGUGAUCUAGCAUUUUAACAUGAUUGACUAAACAUGCUAAAAGAGUAGCCUGCGUAGCAUGGCGGUUUUGUCGAGCCGGGCGCACGAGCGGCGUAGCCGCGAAAUUCGCGCGCGAAGCCGCGAGGCGCGCCCAACCAAAACCGCCAUGCUACGCAGGCUACUAAAAGAGCGAUACUGCUUGGAAAUCUCAAAAUCCUCUGUAAACAUUAUAUUUCGGCGAUGAUAAGAAAUUUUACAAGAGCGAGUCUUAAAAUUGAGUUUCUCCCACAAUAUUGAAAGUUACUUUCAAGAUGAUCGGUCACAUCUUUCCCUUCCUCUUUCAAGUGAUGUCAUCAUUAAAAAUCAUCAGUACGUCAUGUACACAUGAUGUAAGCGUUAACCUGAGAUCAGGCUCUAUUUUCGUUUCGCUUUGUAAAUGACAUUCCGGCGGGCAUGGCGAAACGAAAAUGUGACUGACUGAUAAUGAACCUGCAAGAACGGUUACCUUUGAAAAAGUUUUUUUACUAUUCUUAUUUUAUUUAUUUAUUCAUUUAUUCAUGUACUUAUUUACUUGUAUAUUUUCUUUGUGCAAUAGGAUUGGCUAACAAGAUAUGGAUACUUAGUACCCAGUGAUCCGAGAACAGGGAAUCUAAGAACCCAACAAGACUUGGAAAAAGCCGUCAAAAUGCUUCAGCGCUUCGCCGGUUUACGAGAGACCGGUCAGCUAGACGAAGCAACGCUCAAACAGAUGUCACAGUCCCGUUGUGGAGUAGCGGACUUUGGAAAGACUGAUAACAUGCGAAGAAAGAAACGCUACACUUUGCAAGGGACAUAUUGGAAAAAGAAGGUGAUGCAUACAGGCUAUCCAGUGUUGCGGGAAAAAGAAAAACAACUUACAAGCGCUGAUUUCUCUUAGGAUGUUUCUCUUUGUGUUUCUCGUUGGAAAAUUCUGAUUUGGAUGUUUAAGAACCCAAUAUCCUCCAGCCGUUUUCUUAAUCUUUCUGUAUUUCAAAUCCAAGGUCUUUUCUUGAGACAUUAUAUUGUUGACUCUAACAUCCGUAACCUGUAAAUUGGCUACCGUAGAGUAUCGUGCACAAAAAAGAUUUUUUCCCUUCAUAUUGUUUUCAUAUCAGUCGUUUUCAAAUCAUUUUCUCCUGCCGCGACAUUGGACCCGCGACCGCGACUUUGGACCCGCGACCGCGACAUUGGACCCGCGACCGCGACCUUGGACCCGCGACCGCGACAUUGGACCCGCGACCGCGACAUUGGACCCGCGACCCGCGACCCGCGACUAUUAGUCAAACUCGGACGUAGACUGCGAAGCAGUCCGCGAACUUUUGCGUAGGUCAAGAACGCGGGAGGGGUCAACAAAAGUCCUGAAGCGUCCCUGGAGCGUGGGUGAAAACCGCGCAAACAUCUCACCAAAAACCAAUUUUAAGGGAAAAGCCCACUUUUUGAAGUCUAAGCUAGACUCGUACUCUUUUACAAACUCUGUUUUCCAUUGUAUUUUGUUUUCACAGGAAUUGACGUACAAAAUCAAAUCUUUCACAUCAGACAUCAGCGAUCGAGAGAAACAGCGGCAGAUUUUCAAGCAAGCAUUUGAUUUGUGGUCCGGGGCGACGAACUUGAGAAUCAAAGAAGAUAGAUCUUCGGCUGACAAGGAUGUUGAUAUUCACAUAAGUUUUGAAAGUGGAUACCACGAUGACGCUUAUCCGUUUGACGGACAGGGUGGAACAUUAGCACACGCCUUCUAUCCACAUAACAACUUAGGUGAACACAGUUUUAAAUUCAAUUUCAGUUUUUGAUAGACUGACUGCUGCCGGAAGGCUAUCUAAGCCCCAAGUUUAUCUACCCGAGAAGUCUGUAGAGUGAAAAUAAUGAAAACAAGUCGUAGUCAAAAAUAAUUACAAGAAAUACAACCUGACUAACUAAAUCAGAUCAUAACAGAUGAAUCACUGUUUUUGUAAGACCAAAACCAAUGCAAUUUACUUCGGCCAAUCACAACGCAAGGAAAUUUCGUCAACCAAUCAGAAACUAAAGGAAAUGUAUGCGGCAGAGGCCAAGCGCGGGAAAACACUUGCAUAAGUAGUUGUUUUUUGACUGGUUGAGAAAGAGACGCUAACUUUUCGGCCAAGAACAUUGCGUAGCAAUCACAUAAACUUAAGGAACCGACGAAAUUGCUAUGUUAGCUUUCUAGUCUUCAGUAGAAACCGUCAUAAUAGCAAUUUUAGGUUUGACUUGUGACACAUUAGGGCCAUUUAUACGAGGAAAAAUAAGACGCGUCUUACAUAAGACGCGUCUUAAAUAAAACGCGAACUUUCCGUAUAAACGGCACAUUUCGUCUAAAAUAAGACGCGGCUUAGCUAAGACGCGUCUUAUUAGAUAAGACAUGCUCGUAUAAAUGGUACAGUUCGCGUCUUAUUUAAGACGCGUCUUAUGUAAGACGCGUCUUAUUUUUCCUCGUAUAAAUGGCCCUAUUGACUCUUGUUAUCCGAAUCAUAUUGCUAAAAGGUGCACAUAUUACUUCUUAGUAGUAUUUCGGUCAGGCCUGGAUGAAGUGAAGGGUUGGAAUAUCUCAUCGCGAGACAGAGUUUUGGCUAUUAAUCCCGGUUAGGUAAUAAUUGAUGUCCUUUUGUUUUCGCUUCAGGUCUUUCGGGUGACGCCCAUUUCGAUGAUGACGAGCGAUUCACUACCGGGACAAGCAACGGUGUCAAUUUGGACUGGGUGGCGGUUCAUGAGUUCGGACACAGCCUGGGACUGGAACAUUCCAACGUACGGGAAUCUAUCAUGUACCCUUGGUACAAGGGAUAUAAAGCUAAUAUUCAGCUUACUUCUGAUGAUACUCUAGGAAUACAAGCGCUCUAUGGUGAGUUAAACAGUUUUUGUGUGUUCAGGCUUCACAAAAAGUAGCACAGUUCAGGUCAGUCUUCAUUCAUUCACGCAAAUAAAACACAUUUUUAUAAAAAAAUGGUUGUAUUCAAGGUCUCGCCGUCAUAAGUGAUCCGGUUAAAACGGGAAGCAACUUCUUUUGCUAUGGUGCAAUACGUUUUCCUCACAAAGGAGUGUUUUCAUUUUCACACAGAGAAUGUAAAAACCUACAAAAAGCCAGUUUACGAAAAAAAAAAUUCAUUUAAACUCUCCAAUUUUAAAGUGUGUGUUUUUUUGUGCUAAAAGAUUUCGACCAAUCAUAAGAGUUGCAAGUAACAGCCAAGAUAAGUUUACAAUUUUACUUUUUUCUUAGACUCGACGAGUUUUUGUUUAAGGAAGCUGGAUAGAAUACAAAGGAAUUGAUAUACAAGCUGCUUUGCGAAGAUUUCGAACUAAAAAUUUGAUGUUUAAACCAAUCAGAAGUGUAGUAGAGACAAUAUUAAAGAGAGCGUUUUUUUGCAUUCUGACGUGUUCAUGAUAGCGUGUGGUUCUUUCCUUCUUAUCUUCGCCAUUACUAAAACGCUCAGUUAAGAAUCCAUGUAAAAUGACAGCUCCCAAAUUAUAGAAGCAUCGUAGUUGUCCAUCUGCUUUGAAAGGGACCUGCGUUCAGGACAUUUAGCUUCUUCCAACUCAGAUUCAAAUUGUGAUUUAGCAAUGAAGAUUAAGUACAAUAUUUUACUUAAUUUCUGUUUGUUAAAACUCUUGUUCCUUUUUUCUUUCAGGAAAACCUGUUAGGACACAGCCUACAGAUUCUUCCAUUACGACCAAACCGGCAUCCACUAAACCUCCCCUCCCCGAGGAAAAGGAUGUGUGCUCAAUGUAUUCCUACGACACAUUUUUUCUCGCCCCAGAUGGAAAAACGUACGCGCUUAAAGGCACGCAGUUUUGGGUUGUAUCGUCAGAUCCCGGUGCGGGUUUGGAAAGUGGACCCCACAAGGUUUCCGACCUGUGGAAGGAACUUCCGACCAAGAUAGAUGCCGCCUACAAGAAAAGCGCUAGUAGACUGGUUUUCUUCAGUGGUUCAAAGUGAGUCACUUUUUUAGUCGUUGAUCUAGAAAAGUAUAGGUUUCCCUUAAAAAAAUGAAAUUAUUCCAGAGCUUGAAGUUGUUUUUUAACCCAGCAAAAGUUGCUACUCCCUUAUAAUAGAGCGACCGAGAGUAAUUCAGUUUUUAAUCCGUGUAAAGAACUUCUAAAGUACUUGCAAAACUAAUGUAACAGAGGAUACUCUUUGUAUCUUUUAUUUUGUCUCUCGCUUCGGGGCUAUAUUUUUACGUGUUAGCUGCUGUUGCAGAUUUCCUGCGCUUGCCAAGGGUUGCAUAUUUUCCCUAGAGAAUUGCAGGGUAGCCAGCUCAGAACCAUUUAUACGUGGAACAAUAAGACGCGUCUUAUGUGUGUAGAGACAAAAACAGUAUAAAUGGCGCUAAAUUCCGUUGCGUGAUUUACACACGUUUGGCCUUCUAAUAUGUCUUCAAAAAACAAACUUGAUGGAAAAGUUCUAGUCAGUUCUACAAGUAUCGUUAAUGUCAAAACAUAGCAGUGUGGUAUAUAUUUCACCAGACCAAACUUUUUUUCCUGCAUCUUUUGGAUAUAGGAUGCUAAGCGGCAUGGAUGGUGCGUUUUUCAUACAGGGUCCCAAACCUGCUCAAACUAAGAAAAACGUAUCAUGGCAUUUUUAGGGAGCGCAGAAGCCGCCCUAGACCCCUAGGCAGUUUCUCUUGCCCCUUUGUGCGCGCGCAGUCUAUGAAAGAGUAGGUGAGUCCCUCUCGUUGACGUCACAGCUCACGGUAGAGUCCAGGCCUCGGUUGUUUAAAGGCUGGAUAGCGCUAUCCACCGGAUAAAUCACUAUCCAGUGGCUAGUGCAAUAGGUUUCCCUAAUAUUUAUCCGCUUGAUAGUGAUUUAUCAAUUGGAUAGCGCUACCCAACGUUUGAACAACCGGGGCCAGGAUUGACCGAGGCGAGACGUCUUGGGACUAGGCUGGGGCAAGUUUGGUAAAAUGCACGCUCAGUCGAGUGAAAAAUCUUUUUUUGACACGUAUUUCUAUUUUCACCCAAGGUUUUGGCAGUAUUACUACUAUAGUGGAAGAAAGCAAUAUACAGUUGAAAGCAACGGCCUCUCCAUCACACAAUUUAGACUACCAAUGGAAUUAGCUAAUAUGGACGCUGCUUUUAUCUGGGAAAGAAACGGGCGAACGUACUUCUUCAAAGGAGACAAGUACUGGCGUUUUUAUGGAAACAAAAUCGAUUAUGGAUAUCCGAGAAGCAUAAGCGUUUGGAAAGGACUUCCCCAAAGGAUUGAUGCAGCUAUGAAAUGGAGGAAUGGAAAAUCUUACUUCUUCGCGGGGCCAAAGUAUUAUAGAUUUGACGAUUUUAACGUUCGCGUAGAGGCUGACUACCCACAGAGCAUCGCCUUGAAGUGGAUGCGAUGUAAAAAGGACAACAUGGAAGUUCCAAAACCCACUGAAGCAACGGUUAACGCGACACAAGGAUGCGCUUGCACACAAACUUGUCCGCACUCUAGCUCGGGAAUUUUCCAGCCUCGUUUUUUUACGCUUUUUUCGUUGCUUGUGGUUGCAAAACUCAACUUUUAAAUUCUGAGCUUUCGCACGGGUAAAAGGUCCACAGAAGGACGCCUCAAGAAAGAAAGAAAAAAAUAACCCGUGUUGAACUCCUGUGAAAAUUAUGACUAUGACUCAACGUUAACAACGAGAGACCGUUAAGUUCUUGUAACUUAUACUAGACAUUGAGCUAGUCCUACAUUUGAAAAUCGCGAGAAUUGUGGACUCACGCGCCUAUCUUAACUCCCGCGUAAACUAGGACUCUCUCGAUUUUUAAGCAGAGCUUGCUCGACGCAGGAAACGCGCUACGCCAGCUAUCAGGAUAAAAGUUCUUGUCGUCUUUUCUAAGGAUCAUUUCCGCAAAAUUUCUCAUUCUUAUUCGAGAACUACCUUCGGUUUCAAAACAACACUCUGCGAGCAAACUCUUCACUUGGGAAAAAUCGUGAAAAGUCUUGCGCGAGUUUGCAACUCGAAUUUAUGGAGAGCAUGCUUGCAGUUUAUCAACACCGUGGGCCUGUACUAUAUUUAACACUUUUACCACGCAUUAGUUGUACAUAAUAAUAACCUUUUUGUAAAAAGAUCCCGCUGACAGCAGUUUCGUAAAUUUUGCAAUGGAUUCUGUAAACUACUAAUAUUUGAUUUAAUCAACAAAUUCAA